GGUCGCCGUAACACGAUCUGCCGAAUGUACACGUGUGUGGUGAUGAUGAUAGUCAGCAGCGUUAUGUCGCAACGGGACUAGUGGUGCCGAGCUGUGGUGCAAGUUGUGGCCUGUGCAUGCAUGCACUCUAGUGCCUCUGUGAGUUCUUGUCGCGGCCUCGAGCUGGAUCAUCCGGGCGGUUUUGGCACGUCGCCUUGGGCGGCUGUGCUGGGUCACCACGCGGCCGCUGCCGCCUCCAUCAUGCAGACGGGGGAGUCCCACGGGUAUGGAGCGGCUCACCAUCCAGCGGCGCCCAUGGACCUUCACAUGCCGCAGGCUUUCCCGUAUUACCGAUAUCGAGAUGAUACGCUAUGCUGGGCUGAAAGAAAACCAACUGUAGACGACGUUGGAAACCCAUCUUCGGUAAACGCACGAUACCUACCCUACGAUGAACCUAUUUUGGAAUUGAGGAAAGAGAAAAGCAGAGAUGCGGCUAGAUCAAGGAGAGGAAAAGAAAAUUUUGAGUUCUAUGAACUCGCUAAGAUGUUGCCAUUGCCGGCAGCUAUCACCUCACAGUUGGACAAAGCUAGUAUUAUAAGACUUACGAUCUCAUAUCUUAAGUUAAGAGAUUUUUCUGGUCAUGGGGAUCCACCGUGGAGUAGGGAUGGACCACCCCCAUCAAAGACUUUAAAAGGCAGGCGGUCAUCUUUAGCUAUGGAUAUCUUCGAGCAACACCAAGGCACACAUAUUUUACAGUCUUUGGAUGGAUUCGCUCUAGCUGUAGCUGCCGAUGGCCGAUUUUUGUAUAUUUCAGAGACUGUUUCCAUAUAUUUAGGACUAUCACAAGUCGAAAUGACGGGUAGUAGUAUAUUCGAUUACAUACACCAUCAGGACCAUACCGAAAUAGCGGAGCAGUUAGGUUUAGGUUUAUCCCAAGGCCAGAACCUUGCAUCUCCUGGGAGUGGUUCGGAAGAAAGCAGUUCUACGGCAGGGACGAACAACCCUGACGGUAAGGUUUCAACUGUUAUGUCGAUAGCAACCAAUCCUCCUUAUAAAGGUUUAGAUAGGGCGUUUUGUAUUAGAAUGAAAUCGACCUUAACCAAAAGAGGCUGUCAUUUCAAGUCGUCAGGGUAUAGAGUUGUAUUAAUGGUUUGUCGACUAAGGCCGCAAUACAUCUUUGCACACUCUCGCAAGUCUCAGCAGCCUCCCCUUCUGGGAAUGGUAGCACUAGCCAUAGCUUUACCUCCACCUAGUGUUCACGAAAUUCGGCUAGAGAGCGACAUGUUCGUAACGAGGAUAAAUUUUGACUUCAAAAUUGCCCACUGCGAACCAAAAGUCAUCGACCUCUUGGAUUAUUCCGCCGAAGAACUGACUGGUAGGAAUUUAUACACGUUGUGCCAUGGUGAAGAUGCCAAUAAACUUAGGAAAUGUCAUAUAGAUCUAAUAAACAAGGGCCAAGUACUGACACACUAUUAUAGAAUAAUGAACAAAAAUGGAGGCUAUACAUGGAUUCAAACUUGUGCCACUGUAGUUUGCAAUACCAAAAAUGCUGAUGAACAAAAUAUAAUUUGUGUAAAUUAUGUCAUAAGCAGGAGGGAGUAUGAAAAUCUUAUAAUGGACUGCUGCCAGAUGGAAGAGAGCGCUCAUAUGGUAAAAAGAGAGGAAGCAAGUAGUAAUGACCCUGAAAAUGGAUCCCCAGAUGCGGAUCGAGGAGAUGACAGAAAUAGCGGAGGUCCACCAAACCCACCACCAGACCCGCCACAGGAUAUGGAAGAUUCUACAGGCCAUGGUUCCGAUCCAACCACCAUAACCAAAGACACAAGCGACUUAAGAACGCGGAGGUUGGAUCCAACGAACUCCGUUGCGCAGCUACAAGGUACCGCUCCUCAGGUUGAACAAAGGAAAACAGCGACACCCGUCAGAAGGGCGGCUAAGAGAAAAAACACCUCCUCUGACGAGAAUGACGAAGAAGAAGGUGCUAAUCAUAAUCGAAAUACUGUGAUGAGUCCCGCAAGUUCAUGUCAUUCGACAACACCAGCCCAUCCUAUCGUUUCCACUUCAGAACCCACCGGAAAUAGUCCAAAAAAAGUUGACGAUGGAGAUAAUUUUACAGGAGGGGCUACAGCUGGGGCAUCUGUAAAGGAUUUAGAGAACGCUAUGUCGAAACAUCUUCCAGCUUGUAAGUCUCCUACGCAUCAGCCCACAGACUUCAGCACGGACGCACUUUUGAAACAACAACAGAGAACAACUAUUCAGUGGAUUGGAGCUCACCAACAGCUGCAGCAACAAGGACCCCUGCCUGCUUCAGCUCUGUUAAGGCAGCUCUACGCUAACAGGGAGAGUGUAAUAAGGGCAAAUGUGCAUGGUAUUACUAGUGCUGGAACUAGAUCAAGUAGUACAUCUGGUUAUUAUCCUAGUGAUAGUCAAGUUGGACCAUUACCAACACCUCCAGGUAGUGAAGGUUCUUCUUCAUACAGCGAACAUCAGUUUCUGUUGUCCCAGCACCAAAACUAUCCCACAGGGUACUCAAUGGAUUACCACUCCGCCAUGACUCCUCCGUCCAGUGUUUCCCCAAGAGAUAAGCACCAACAGCUGCAUUCAGGAGUGACUUUCGACUCUCCUGUGCCCUACCAAGAUGUCUUAAGGCAAUACCCUGACAGUCCUUUACCUCUAAAACCCCAAGUAUAUUCCUAUGUCGAUCAACCGCAAUUUUAUCAUCACGGGACUUCAAGUGCUGGCUUUCACUUGUACCAUCCGAGUAAGGGCAGUGGAGCGCCAUCAAAUUGGUACUCACCAUCAUAGUGUCGUUAAAAUAAACUUGAAACAGUGCUUGGGCUAUAUACGGACACUUUUUGUAUCGUUGGGUUAUUUUAUUACAAAGAUAUCGCAUAGCAGGUCUUGUGGUUAAGAUUCAUUUAUUAAUUUGACUGUAUUUAUGUAUGUAUUUUGUAUACAGGCUAGUGUUAAUUAAUUAUUAAAUGGACAUGUAAGGCUAAAUGAGACAGAGUCCUGUAGUAAACUCUUGAGAAUGUCACAGUAUAUUUACUGUAUAGACAGUUAUUAUAUAGUGUUCAAUCGACUAUUUUUAAACCAAAGAAUACAAUACAAAAUAGCAUGAAUUAAAAGUUUGUAAAAGUAUCUUCUGCCGCCACAGUCAUAUUUAUAUAAUAUUUUAGUAAUAAAAUUCUUAACAAAUAUGUAGGAAGCAAGAAAAUAUGUAGAGCAGAAUUGAUACUAUAUCUCAAAUAAAUUUAUUUAUCAUGAUAGGGUUUUACAGAGGCUACUAAUAACUUUGCAUGUCAAUAAAAGUACAACAAAUCUCAUGCUAUUUGGUAUUAAGCAAUUCAGUGCUAUCACUGACUAUAUAUGUGAAUAUAUAUCUGAGUUUUAUAUUAUCAUUCUUUUGGCUCCAAAAUAUACGAUCUACGAUUUUUCUAGGAGGAUACAAAAUUCAGUUAACCAUUCAUUUGAUGCUAAAUUAGCAGAUUGGAUCUGACCUAGGUAAAUUCCGGACCGAAAUGUUCAAAUCUGUAGAUUUAUCAUCUGCUUGAAUGUAACUGGUAACUAAAGAUAUAGGGCUAAGUAGAAUGAGAACAUAGGCAAAAUAUUCAUUCUCCUUAGCUGUAAUGUAUAUCUAAUAUCUGAAUCUAGCGCAAAAGAGUUAGGCUGAAACUAUAUUGUACUAUGUAAAUAUUUAAUUAGGAAUAUCUAGGUAUAGAUAGCUGUAUGUAUGUUAUUUUUUGUUGGGCAUUGAUUAAAGAAUUUUUAUACAUGUACUGGAAACUUGAGGAACGGCAUACAAAUUUGUUUUUAUAUUUAGUACAAUUUGAUUUGUGACGUUAAAAGUGACGAUGCUCGACGACUAUAUCACUACGAAACGGUGCUGACAAAUGUAAUGUGAUAUUUUUUUAAUUUUGUUAGUUUCUUGUUCCGUGUAAUAUGUUAAAUUUAUCACAUGAUGCUCAGUACAAAAAUAAAUUUGCGCUAAUAUACAUGUUAACGUGCAAUAUCAUUUUCGUAUCCCUUAAUUAUUAGUAGUUAUCUGUAUAUUUUAAAAAUAUUUGUUUUGGCAAGUUCUGUUUGCCUUUAAAACAGAAAACUAAGAUUUAGAUUCUACCUCGACAUGACAUGGUAACUAAAUUAUGUAGAAACCAUUUUUGAGUUGGUCAUUUGCAAAAUUACAGUAGUCACUGUUU